AUGGCUAAGGCUGAAGAGUAUGCAAAGAAGCGUGAUGGAGAAUGUCUUGGUAAAACAGGCCAAAUAAAUAAUUUAGAUAUACAUUUUAUCUGGAAUGAACUUAAAUCGUUAUUAGAUGCUGAUUUAUUACAUGGUAAAUUAAAAGAACAAAUAAACUGGAAGGCAAAGGCUUUGAAUACUCAGGCACAUGAGCGUCUUUUUGCGAAAUUAUGUAAAGUAGAUGUUGAAUACUUAGCCUAUAAUGACCCAUUGUGUAUUCGUGAAAAUUUUCAUGCAGACAUUAGUCCACAGCAAUAG